ACAGUACGGACGUUAUUUUUCCAAUUUACAGACUUACAGUGACAGACAGUGUUGUCUUAAUUUCUCUCUCUUUAUCUCUCUCUUCUUCUUUGAGGGCUCCCCUUCGUUCAUUAUAUUUGUCGGCAGGAUCAUAAGCAUUGCACGUUGUGAUAUCAAUUGUGUUUCUGUCUUGCAUUCUCUUCUCUUUAUUCAGAGCUUCUUUUCUUUCUAGUUUUGAGUUCCAUAAAUCUGAUCAAGUUUUCUGUGCAUCGAUCAAGAUGUCGACAUUUCAUGGUUUAAUGAUCCACUCAUGUUAAAUGUUUUUAAUGUUCAUGAAGAUUUCUAGUGAUUUGAAGUGCUGGCUGUAGUGAGUGAAGUCAUGGACCAUAAAUCAUGGCUGUGGAGGAAGAAAUCUACAGACAAGAUUGUUGCUGCAACUGAUCCUAGAGUUGAAAUUUCUUCAAAAGAAGAGGAGAUACAGACACUCUUGGAUAACAAGGCAGAAUUGGAGAAUGAUCUGAAAAUUUUGAGUGAGAAGCUUUCAUCUGCCCUGUCUGAGUGUAAUGCCAAAGAUGAUCUUGCAAAGAAACAAGCCAAGCUGGCAAUGGAAGCCAUGGCAGUCCAAGAGAAAGCAGAAGCAAAAGCACUGUCUCUAAAGCAAGAAUUAGAUGAAGCCUUACAGCAAAGAGCUGCUGGAGAAGAAAGAUUGACUCAUCUGGAUGCAGCCCUCAAGGAGUGUAUGCAGCAGCUACGUUUCGUUCGAGAAGAGAAGGAGCAAAGGAUUCAUGAUGCUGUGAUGAAGACAUCCAAUGAGUUUGAAAAGUCCCAGAUGAUUCUGGAAGAGAAGCUGGCAGACACUGGUAAAAUGCUUGCGAAAAUAGGUAUUGAGAAGGCUAAUCUAAGUAAGGCUCUCUUAGAAAAAGAAAGGUUGGUUGAAGAUUUAAGUAAGCAAAAGGCUCAGGUGGAGGCAGAUUUUAUUUCUCUGAUGGGUAGGUUAGAGUCCACAGAAAAAGACAGUGCUUCUCUCAGAUAUGAAGUACGCGUGCUAGAUAAGGAGCUUGAGAUCCGAAAUGAGGAAAGAGAGUUUAACCGCAGAACAGCUGAUGCAUCUCACAAGCAACACUUAGAGAGUGUGAGAAGAAUUGCAAAGUUAGAAGCAGAAUGUCAGAGGCUGCGUCUCCUAGUCCGCAAGCGGUUGCCUGGCCCUGCUGCCUUGGCUAAAAUGAAAAGUGAAAUAGAAGUCCUUGGAAGAGAUUCAGUUGAAGUGAGCAGGAGAAGGUCAAAUUGCAGUCCUAUUGGUUUAGUGAUUGACUCAGCUGUUGGAAACUCUGCUGAAUCUCCCAGCAAAAAGAUCAACUUUCUGACUGAGCAGUUAUGUGCCAUGGAAGAAGAAAACAAGACUCUUAAAGAAGCCCUUGAUAAAAAAACAAAUGAGCUCCAAUUUUCGAGAACCAUGUAUGCUCGCACAGCUUCCAAAUUAUCACAGGUUGAGUCACGUUUUGAUGAAUUGCCAAAAGGACAGAUAGCCUUAGAGAGAUCGAGGAGCGUGCUUAUGCCACAGGAGCUCUCUCUGGCCUCAAUGUCUGAGAUUGGCAGUGAUGAUAAGGUUAGUUCUGCUGAAUCUUGGGCUUCUGCUUUGAUUUCAGAAAUGGAGCACUUCAAACAGGGAAAGCAAAAAGGGUCACCAACAAACAGAACCAUAGGAGUUUCAGAUAUAUCCCUGAUGGAUGACUUUGCUGAAAUGGAAAGACUUGCAAUAGUCUCAGUUGAUAAGCAGCUCGAAAGUCCUCAUGUUUCUUCUGACAAUGUUAAUGCAAUUGGUCAGGAGAUAAUUCCAGUAUCAGAAUCUCGCUCUGGGGUAUCAAACCAGGUGAUCAAGUCCAAAGACAAAGCUUCUGGUUGGCUACAGGACAUUCUGAAAGUCGUGUUGGAGCAAAAUCGUGUCACACAAAGAAAACCUUGUGAAAUACUGGAGGAUGUUAGAAUAGCUCUGGAAAAUAUAAAUGAUACAAGCCCUGCAGAAUAUGUUGAUACAAGGCAAAGCUCAACACAUUCAAAUGGAUUAAACUCCCCUCAUGUUGGUGGAUACAUAUCAUGGAAACCUAUGUAUUCAGUGACUGAUUCACCAGGUGGAGUUACUGAAGCUGAGGCCUUUUCAAUGGAUAAGAGCCAUCAGCAAGUCCAGUCAGAUCUCGGCAAAUCACUCUGCAAGAUUAUUGAGCUUAUUGAAGGGGUUGCUUUCUCAUAUGCUGAUUAUGGUAACUCAGAGACAUUGACCAGAAAGGAUGGGGAUUUUUUGCCAUUUAAGAAUACAGAAACUCCUCCAGGCUACGUGGUCCGUGUUUUGCAGUGGAAAAAGUCUGAACUAUGUGCUGUAUUACAGGAAUUUGUCCGUGCUUGUUAUGAUCUUUUGAAUGGAAAAUCUGAUGUGAACAUGUUUGCCCAAGAAAUAUGUUCUGCUUUGGACUGGAUUAUGAACCAUUGCUUUUCCAUCCAAGAUGUUUCAAGCAUGAGAGAUGCAGUCAAGAAGCAUUUUGAUUGGGAUGAAUCACGGAGUGAGUAUGAAGCAGAGGUUGUUGCUUCAAAUGGACAUCACAACUACUUUGAGAAGAAGGAUGAAAGUCAUCAAUCUACUAUCAGGGACGAAAAUAGAAAGAUAAGAGAGGAGUUGACUAAUAUUGACUCUGCAAAGAGAGACUUAGAAGCGAGGCUCCAGUUAGCUUCUGAUAAGAGUGAGUCCUUGAUGAAUCAACUUAAGGAAUCAGAGAAAACCAUUGAGAGCUUGCAAACAGAUUUAGAAACUUUGAGAGGUUCGAAAGCAAUGUUUGAGAGCCAAAUUGAAAACCAUAAGUUGAUGAAAGAAGAUGUUGAUACACAGCUUACAGAGGCCAAAGUUGAAUUAAAUAAGGCUCACCAAAAAUUAUCUACCUUGGAAAUGGAACUUGAGAACAGGAAGAGUUGCUGUGAAGAAUUGGAAGCCACAUGUCUUGAACUACAGAUCCAACUUGAAAGUAUGACGAAAAAUGAAAUCCCGAACUCUGAACUCCAUCAGGAUGAGAGCCAACUCCGGACUGAUUGGGAGAUAACGGCCGCUUCAGAAAAGUUGGCUGAGUGCCAAGAGACAAUUCUAAACCUAGGGAAGCAGUUAAAGGCAUUGGCCUCACCAAGCGAAGCAGCCCUGUUUGACAAGGUCAUCUCUACAUCCACUGACACAAAUACGAUCUCUGUCACCACUUCGACAAGCACAGCCUGGACUUCACCCAAGAACAAAGUACUGAUCCAAAGGUCCUCUUUGCUAGAUCAGAUGCUAGCAGAGGACACUGAUAAAGUGAAGGACACCGAAUCGGUCAAGUGCAAAGAAAGCAAUAUCAAUACCAGUUCCACCGUCAUUUCCAAUAAGGUGAUCGAGCCUCUUGAGAAGGUACUUGUUUUGAAUGGAAUUAAACACCAGGAUGAUGGUGUUGCAACUAAUUCUUUGGCCAUUGUACCUAGCAAGAAAAGGGGAGGUGUAAAUUUGUGGAAAAAGUUUCUAUGGAGAAAGAAGAAAUCAAACAUCAAGAAACCAUCCUUUCCAUUUGCCCCGUAAUAGGGAUCGAAUACAUUAAGGUUUGCCUCUUGUUGUUUGGAGAUCUCGUUUUUUUUGCUUUUUUGUGUGUAUUCUACUGUACAUAUAACGGUUUGGCCCAGACGAGUUCUUGCACUUCAGUGGGAUAUAAGAGA